GCGUAUAAAUGGAGGCACAGCUUAAAACCCUCUUCAAUGUAUUGCACAUGUGCAGCCGCCAGAGAAUUGCACACAAGUGCUUGAAAGUAAGAGCACAGAAUACAGAUGUUAUCGAUCGACGGGAAGGCAGACUUUCCCCAUGCCCUGUUACUGAGGCAGGGCAAACUGGUGUUCCGAAGAAAACCGAGUAGUCGAUGGAGCAUCGUUGGCUUCCGGGGUCGUUCGGCUGUUGCGGCUGGCGAGGCCGAGAAGGCCAAGGGGCGGGCCCUCGCGGCGUCUCGGGGGCGGGGCGGCGGGUGAAGGAGGCGGUGCUUCAACCAACCAAAACCACGAACAACAACAACGGCACCCAGAAGCCCCCGCGCCCGCAGUGGCUUCUUCCUCCGUCGCCGCCGCCGUCGCUGAGGGCCCUGGUUCGUCUCCUGCGGGGAGGCGGCGGGGAAAGGCUCGCCGCCAUGAAGCUCCGCGUGCGGAUGCUGAAGCGAACGGUUCUGCUGGAGUUGCCAGGGGAGGAGCCAACUCUGGGGGACCUGCGCGCGCACAUCUGCCAGACGCUCUUGCCCUCUUGCGGUUACAGGUAACGUGUGAACCGUGGCGGGGAGGUGUGUGUGAGGGAGUAGACGCGCGAGCAAGGAGCCUCGCGGGCAGGAGUGGCUUUCGCGGCCGCCUUUGCUGGGCUCGCUCGAAGUCACCUGUGGGCCCAGGGGAGCAGCUUCUUUGCCGCCGGGAAGGUCCUUGGUUCCCCCAUUUCUUGACAGGGUGAAGGCGUCUAAUUUGGGGUACAUAAGGCAUAUUUAUCUUGCUUAAAAACUCUGGCGCGCUGCGCUGCUUACAGAAGAACGAAAAACUUGUCCAAUGCGAUACAAUGGCGAUGGCAAAGAGUGGAGGCUGUAUAUCCAUUUGUCAAAAGGAAAUAAUGGAGGCUAAGAACGUGUGUCUAUGUCUAUGUAUAUAUACAGUAGUACACGUAGUACAUGUAUAUGUAGUACACCCUUUUUAGGAGUCAUGUAUAGAUGCAGGAAUAAAAUAAUGGGUGAGAGUUUCCAUUCACUUCUCUCUUCGAUCGGCUUUAUCUUUAUCACAAAUCAGACCUAAACUGAAGGCCUAUAAUGCAAGGCCCCUGUGCUUCUUCGCCUUCCCUCUCUUAUAGAACUUUUAACCGCUUGUCUUUCUUCUCUUAUCUGCUAUAAGUUUAUGUGAGUUAUAAUUACUUUUAACUGUUCGUUUUUAUCCCUCUCCUCUUCUAAGUCUUAUGUGCUUUCUUUUAUUCACAUGUUUGUAUCUUAUGCUGGUCUGCGACUGUAAUAGCUGUUUGUUGUUGUAUCUUACUGCAUUUAUACAGUGUUAAUUUGCUGGGAUAAGGGAAGAGUUACCCAAAAUGAGCUGUAGAAAAAUGAGGCCUUGCAGAGCUGAUUGGCACAUGUGAAACUGAAAGCCAAGAGCACAGUUUCGUUUAUUGACUACAGCAGAAAUAACAACACUAUCUCUGCUUGCUGUGUGUGUGCAAGUGAUUGAUAAGUGAAACAGCUGUGGCUCCUGGAGGUGGAAUACUGCAGGCAGCUGGCUUUGAGAGAACUUGGCUACUAUACAUUUAAAGUAUAAAUUAAAUUAGAAGACGGAACCGUUACAUUUGCUACAGCUGUGUUGUUAUUAACAAUACAUGCACUGCUGAUUCCUUCCUCCAUUAUUUUGGAACUAAUAAUUUACCUGCUGCAAUUACUAAUGAACUGUGGUUGAUUCUAAAAUGAAAGUGGAAGUUCUCUGUCACCUGUUUUUGCAUGUAGAGGGGGAAUGUGUGACCCUGAGGCUCACUAUGACUUGUUCACAAUUGCCCAAACCAUGGCUCUGGUUCACUUCCCAUCCAUCAGGUGUUAAUUGGAGAGCAGUUGUGUGAUUGAAGCACAUUCCUUUGCAGGAAGGAAACAGAGGGGUAUAUGUCUCAGCAGAGAGAUAGAUCUGUGUUCCUUGCAAACAUGCAAAAAGCAACCCACACAUUGCACAGUGGAAUACAUGCCAUUUUCAGGUUACACUUGCAUUAUGUUAGAGACUUUGAAUAGCCUUAAAGCACGGCUUGCAGUUUCAGCACACAGUGAUGUUUAUAAGUGGAAUUAGGGGGUAUUUUUGUCUUCUGCACAGUCUGGAUAAUUCAAAGGUGUUGGAGAACUUUUUCCUAAAAAAUUAACUUCAUAAAAAAGUGAAGAAAAUGGAAGGUGACAUCUUUAAUUCUUAGUAAUUACACUCAAUAUUUGUCCUUGUUUCCAUGGGGAAUAAUUAGCAUAUGUGAAUCUGUGUAAGAAGGGUGUGUGAUUCUGUGUGGGUCUGGAAUGUACUCCCCCAUGACCUUGGGCUACUCUCAGCUUAACCUGCUUCACAGGGUACUUGUGAUGAAAAAAAUGGGGAGGAAGACAACUGUAUGUCAUCAUGAGUGCCUUGGAACAAAGGUAGGACGUAAACACAAAAAUCAAAUAGCUUUCUACUGGUCUAAUAUGAUCCUCUAUCUGGAAAAGCUUCACUCCAGUGUGUCUGGUCCCAUCCAUAUGGGAUGCUUAUGACCAUAUGCAUACUGGCAAUGGGCUACAGUAACCAUAACAGACAUGGGAGAAACAACAUGACACAGGUUUCACACAUUAUCUGCUGUUUGCAUUGUGGUGGUGAUGUAGCUGAUAGAGUUGGGUAUUUAGAAAUAGCUUGGUUUGCAAAAUGGUGUGUAUGCCUCAAUACAGGUUCCUCAUACAGUUAAUUUUUUGUUUCUUGUUUUGUUUUUUUGCAGUCCUGAUUCCAAGGUUGUAAUAACCUUGAACAAGAAAGACUCCCUCACAGGAGAGCAGGAAACCCUAACAUCGUUGGGGGUUGUUUCAGGAGACUUGAUAUGUUUGGUGUUAGAAGAGGCUGAUGCUGCACCCAGAUUACCUGCAUCUAUUUCCUCAUCUGUGCAUCCAUCACAGAAUCAUGAAUCAUCAUCAUCUACUUCAGAUCCAUGCCAAAGCCAGCCCAGGAGCCCAGAUAGUGAAAAAAGCAACAGGCACAUAGCAGACCAUAAAGUCCAAGAUGAUGUCCAAAUGAGUGACAGUACGGUAAGUCCAUAGAACUAAAGACGCUCUCACUUAAUUAUUUUUUUUAAAAUAAAUGCUGUGUCUUGUGUGAAAAGAAUAGAGGAGAAAUGUGAGCAGCUUAAACCACAUUAGCGAUACCACCUCUGUUAUGGAAAGCCACCCAUUAUUAAUUUUUCUCUUGGUCAGUUCCCACAACUGGGUAUACAUACAUUAUUUUAUUUGUAUGCUGCCUUUCCAGAGUUAAAACCAUGCUCAAGGCGGCUUAUAACAUGAAGAGCGUGACAUAACUGCAAACAUAACAAGAGAAGUCAUAAACUUCUCAAUAAAUAAAUAUCAAUAAAUAAAACAUCAAAAAGUGUACAACAAAGUUGAACCAUUUCCACAUAAAUCAUGUUGUUGUUGUUUAGUCGUUUAGCCGUGUCCGACUCUUCGUGACCCCAUGGACCAGAGCAUGCCAGGCACUUCUGUCUUCCACUGCCUACCACAGUUUGGUCAAACUCAUGCUGGUAGCUUCGAGAACACUAUCCAACCACCUCGUCCUCUGUCGUCCCCUUCUCCUUGUGCCCUCCAUCUUUCCCAACAUCAGGGUCUUUUCCAGGGAGUCUUCUCUUCUCAUGAGGUGGCUAAAGUACUGGAGCCUCAGCUUCACGAUCUGUCCUUCCAGUGAGCACUCAGGGCUGAUUUCCUUAAGAAUGGAUAAGUUUGAUCUUCUUGCAGUCCAUGGGACUCUCAAGAGUCUCCUCCAGCACCAUAAUUCAAAAGCAUCAAUUCUUCGGCAAUCAGCCUUCUUUAUGGUCCAGCUCUCACUUCCAUACAUCACUACUGGGAAAACCAUAGCUUUUACUAUAUGGACCUUUGUUGGCAAGGUGAUGUCUCUACUUUUUAAGAUGCUGUCUAGGUUUGUCAUUGAGAUGCUGUCUAGGUUUGUCAUUGAUCAUAAUAAAUCAUAAUAAAAUGUAAAAAUAAAGAUAAAAAAAUAUUCUCAAUAACAGCAACAACUCUCCUCCCAGUAAUGCCCCCCCAAACAAUACCGCAACCCAAUAGUAUUUUCAGAAUCCUUUGUUUUUGUAGCCAUGGUCAGUCAGGGCCCCACUCUCCCAAGCCAGGCGGAAAAAGGCCAGCAAGUCAGAGGGAGCAGGUCUUCCAGGACUCACAGCAAAGAUGAUCAAUCCCAAAUAAUGACAGGGCUUCCUGGUCUAUAGGGAGGGAGCCUUUGGUUGUUCAAGGUUAUGACAAACUUGGUAUCAGAACUGCAAGAAAAGCAAAGUUAACUGCAUGGGUUACAUAUUUAUACUGAGGCAUACACAUCAUUUUACGGACCAGGCUUUUUCUAAAUACCCAACUGUAUUGGCAGCAUUACUACCACAAACAGCAGAUAGUCUGAAACCUAGAUCAUGUUGUUUCACUUUCUCCCAUGCUUAUUAUGGCUACUUUUUGAACCCCCUGUUUCUGCUGCUCUCCUUUCAAGGCAGAAUCCAGCCAGGAGUUUGCUCCAGAGACUGUCUCAGGUGACCUUGAUAUUCCUGAAGCUGUUGGUUCCUACCCUUCAGAGCCAAUGCUUUGCUCUGAAGCUACAGACGGGCAAGUGCCGCACUCACUUCAGACCCUCUACCACGCUGCAGAGUGUACCAGUGCCAACGAUGCCUUGAUUGUUUUGAUACACCUUAUCAUGAUGGAGACGGGUUACAUACCUCAAGUAAGCAAAAAAAGUGAAAGAUCAGCUUCCUCUGAAACUCAAUGGGGAGGGGAGGAUAGUAAUGUUACACUGUGCUAGUUGAUCCUGGUGGCUUCAUUUCCUCUCCUAUCUACUGAUUAACAGAGGCCACGUUCUCUUGUCCCCACAGUAUACCAACUCAGGUUCAAGCCAUAGUUUGUGACUGAUGUGUGAGGAACCAUGGCUUGCAUUAGAUGUGUCUGUAAUGUGAGGAAAUACACUUUCAUGAGGAUGACUCCUAAUUUACAAACUUGUGUUUUCAGGGAGCUAGCUUGAAGUCUACACUGGGGGCCCUGUGUGCUUGCAUAUUAAAGAGAUUUUUGUGGAUUUUCUUUUGGGCUGAAGAUAACUUGCAGGUUAUAAUUGAGGUUGUAAGGCAGAAAGCAUGUGAAUAUAAGCUUGUGGGUGGAGAGAAAGUGUCUAAAGGGAUUUUUGGUUAAGAGCUCUGCCUUCAUUAAGCAAAGAUUAUUGGAACUGGAAAAGUUUUUUUUUAUUCCCUGUCCCCAUAUUUUACUCCUUUCCAUCUAGAAAGCUUGGGGUGGGCAGCACUUCUUUAAAGUAAAGUAAUAUCCCCUGAAAAAUGUAAAAUUAUUAACAUUUUAUUAAAAAUAUCCUUCCUACAUGCAGAAUCUUUGAAUUUUAUUUUAAAUGUCUUAUUUUUUGUAUUUGAUGCUAGUUGUCUUGGACAUAGUUGAUGGAUGUAUAAAUAUUUAUAGUAAACUAUGAAAUCAAGCCCAUGUACCAUCACAACAAGUAUUAUAAACUCUGUACAGUCCCCACAUAAGAAACCAAAUUGAGAAGUUUCAAAACAUCUGUAAAGUAGGUUAAACACAAAAUAUACUGGGUUUGAUUUGAUGGAGCCUACUGGAUUUUUUUGGUAUGAUGGUUUUAAUUUGCAUUCAGUUCAAUGUCUUCAAUUUUAAAAAAAUGUUCUUUGAAAGCCCCCACCCCCAAAUAUUUGCUUGACAGUCACAUGAGAAAUCCUUAAAAAAGGUUUUUUCAGGCUAAAUCAACAUGCGAGACGGUUAGACUUAUGUAAGACCAUUGGAAUUGGUGGAUUUAGAUGUGUCUUGCUGUCUGGCUAAAUUUAGGCCCUCAGAAGGUCUGCUCCCUACCUGAGUCCCAUCUGUUCCAGCCCAGCUUGGAUUGUACAGUACAAGACAGGGCAGUAUAAAUUGUACUGCUGUGAUAUCCUGACCCCUGCAGUGUCAACUACAAACAUUGCAGAAUUCAAACGUUCAGAAUAAAAGUCUGGUCAGCCUAGUCAGUUUCUAGUUUUAUGGAAAUAUCACUUUUCAGGAAGAGAGGAGGGUGGGGACUGUCACAGUAACUGGUUUCCCCCCCUCCAUUUCCAGGGGACGGAAGCAAAGGCAACAUCAAUGCCUGAGAACUGGAGAAGCAAAGGUGUUUAUAAGCUGCAGUAUACCCACCCCCUCUGUGAAAAUGGCUUUGCUGCACUUACUUGUGUGACUUUGGGGAACCUUAUUGUUGUCAAUGGUAAGAGUGUUUUUGAAAAUACUCUGGUUGAAAGCUACCUUGUGACUAUUGCUCUUUGCCUCUCAAGUUUCUUCCAAUGCUAGCAGAAGCCUGAAAUGAGCUUCUAUUGAGUCUGAAUAUUUUCUGCUAUGGCAUCAGCACCUGUGGGCUAUCAAGCACAACCAAGGUGCUUUUCUGUAUUGAAAUACAGGACAUCAUAAAUAAAUGUCAAUGUAACUUUACCUCUGGGAUGGAAAUUGGAUAUUUUUAUUAAGAUAUGUGACUCACUUCUGAGCUAGUGAAUACUCAUUGGUAUAGUAAUGCAACUAUUCAGUAUAAUUCUAUAAUAGAAAAGCUGACUUGUACAGAUGCUGCUGACUAUGUCCAUUUCUGCUGGCACUAAGUGCUUCUAGCAAGUGCCUCUUUUACAGUAAUUUGUUUGGUGUAAACUAAAAUAACCAGUUAAGCAUAAAUAAGUUAUCAAAUCAUCCCCACAACAGAAAAUGAAGCUGGGCUGGAUCCUCAACACUUGUUCCAGUACGUAACAGAGCCUCUGCUUCCCAAUAAAUCAAAUCGUUUUCCUGUUUCCUUUCCUUUUACCAUUUUAGUAAUCUUGAUUAUACAUGCCAUAUUCCAAAAUCUCAAACUAUUCAUCAACAGAUUAAUAAAUGUAAAAUUUCAGUGUCAUUGAAUUCCAAUGAACCUUUAACAUAAGCAGAUAGAGCAAAGAUUGGAUUCAGAACAAGGUUUUCUUUGGCAACUAAAUAUUGAUUCUUAUUUUGCGGAUGAUUCCCCACCCCCCAUUAUGUUUUCUCAUUGUCCUCUUUGUCUCUUGCAGUAAUGUUAAAGAUUGCUGAUGACAUCAAAAGUGUGAAGAGGGUGCAGCUUCUGCCAACAUCAUUCAUUUGUUUUGAGAACUCGGGUACUUUUUAUAUAUAACUUUUCAAUACAUAAUUUAAUGUGCUCCUGACUUUCAGGUGGUCAGUCUUGGUCUUCAGUGAAAUUAAGCAUUAAUGGGCUUGGGCAAAUUUGACAGAUGAGUAGGGAAUGCCAGCUGAAGCAGGGCAGCAGAUGCCUUCCAAGUUUGUAACUGUGUUGUCUUUUCACAGUUUGCUGAAACUGUGUUUGAGAUUCCAAAAGACCUUGUAGACUCCAGGCAGAUUUUGAGGUCCCUGAAAGAUGAUACCACAAAGAAAAAGAUAAUUGGCUGCCAGUUGUGCAGAAAAGAUUCCUUGUGUGUUGCAAGCACGGGGAACUGGCAACUGCUUGCCACAAAACCUUUCUGAGCAUGCAGUGGAAUAUAAUCCUUUAUUAAUGAUGUCAUCCACUAUAAUUUUCAAGUUAGUCAAGAAAUGGCAAGAUGUCUGUAGCAGGCAGUGGAUGCUCUGGUUGCGAACAUGGUCCGUGCGGGAUGCACGUUUGCAACCUGCAGCGUUCGCAACCCGCAGCAGCGUUUCUGCGCACGCGCGGGUUGCGAUUUAGCGCUUCUGUGCAUGCGCAACCCCCAUAACCUGAAAGUAACCCGUUCCAGUACUUCUGGGUUUAGGCGGGUUCGUAACCCGAAAAGACACAACCUGAAGCGUCUGUAACCUGAGGUAUGACUGUAGUUCUGUAGGUAUAUGUGUAAACACCACUUUACAGGCCUUGCUCCUGACAUCCAUGAGUCUGCAGAUAGACCAUGAAAAUACACAUAGGCUUCUGUAUAUAUGCUCUGUAUCUUUCCAUCUAUCCAGGACACAAACGGGAAAUCUUGUACUCGUGGCUAUGUAGAGACGUAGUCUGUGAAAAGGUGGAGGUUAGGGCUGGAGUGGGUGGUGCAGUGCUGAUCUUCCUCUCCCGUCCCACCCUCUGCUACACAUUUCUGGAAGGCUGAACUCUGAGCAUAACUGGUGUCAAUCUAGAAGUCUUCAAGUCUGCCUGCUAGCUUAGUUUAGUCUUGUGUAAUGACGGACAUUUGGCCAGCAGAGGGAGUUGCAGCAUUGAAACUAUGGCAGUGUUUUCACAUAGGGCUUCAUAUAACUAGCUCUUGUCUUAAAAUACUUAAAAGACCCCCUCAAUGUUUAUUAUUUUAUAGAACUGCUGUAAUGGGCUAUAGCCAGUGAAGUCAUCCUAUUAGCACAAGGGCUUCUGUCUGUGGAUCAGAGCUGCUGCUUCUUCCUGCAUGCCUCUGCACUCCCAGAUUUGUUCUGGGAGUUCGCCCAACCCUCUGGAACAGAUUUGGGAGGAGCAGAGGCCUCAUAAAGAUAGGGAGAGGAAUCCUGUUGUGCAAGCGGAAGUCAUUGCACUGAUGGGACGCCUUCAUUGCAUACAACUCCAUAUAUUCUACCCUCCCCUCCAAUGGCAGGGACUACCUUGAAUUUGUAGUCAAAGCAGACUCUUUUCACCUAGAUGCGCUACUGCAGGGGUAGCUAAUGUUAGCCAACAAUAUAUGGGGAGCGCUAACUCCCACCACCCCCAGCCAGCAUGGUCAGUGGUCAGGAGUGAUGGGAGUUGUAGUCCAGCAACAUCUGAAGGGUACCUUGCUCUAUAAUCAUUCAACCUUGCGAAUAAGGCCAUAAAGACUACUGGCCUACACAAAACUUUACAGUCCCAGAGAAACAUACUGUAUUUUUCUGUGUAUAACAUGCCCCCAUGUAGAAGACGCCCCCUGUUUUUGUGGACUCAAAAUUACAAAAAUGGGGGGAGAUUGUGUGGGUGUAUAAGAUGACUCUCAAUUUUAAACAUACUUUUUAAAGAAAAAAACCUAGUCUUAUACACGGAAAAAAUACGGUAAUUGUUGUGGUAUAUCACAUUUGGAAUAAGAUCAGCUCCUUUUCUGCUUAAUUGCUUAAAGGUGACAUUUGCUGUAGAAAAUAGGGUGAGUGGGAAUUUGCAAACCUAUGAUGUCCAAACUUUUUUUUUUAAGCGAAUGUUGCCGGAAUAUAUAAGGAUCUUCAGAAGCUAUCACGUCUCUUUAAAGAUCGGCUGGUGUACCCCCUUCUGGCUUUUACCCGGCAAGGUAAGAAAAGCACUGAAGGAAGCAUAUUGUGUAUCCUUUGUGAAAACAGUGCUUUGUCAUAGUGGCUAAAGAAUAUAUUAAGAGUGCAGUGCCAAUUCUCUUUCUCUGACUUCUCCAUUAGUUUCCAUGUUGCUUUUGGUUAUUAAGUGCAUAGACCCACCAGCUUGGAACUCACCACUGAGACGCAUUGCAUACUUCUGGUAUGCUAAACUGUCUUUGCCUACAGACUCUGUAGCCUUGUAUCUGUGUUCAUGGGCAUGUGAGUGUGUGAAUCCUUGGCUUCUAAGGUCUGAUGCUCCUGCUUAGGAUUCACCCCAUCCUCUAAUCUCAAGUGAUCAAGAUGGGUCCCAGCACUGGAAGGAUCCAGUUCCUACGGGUGAUUGGGUAGCCAGCCUCCAGUGUCAGAUUGCUUUCCAAUAUUCAUAAAUCAAUAUAUUUCUACCCGUCAAGUAUAGUCAUGGUUGCAGUGAAUGACUUACAAAAUUGAAUAAGUACCUAUUGCUAAUUUGGGAAAUGUUAAUAAAAUAGAUAAAAAUCUGAAACUGCCUUUUGAAGUCUGAAAGAGAUUCAUGUUUCAUUUAAGGGGCAAAGACCUCUUCUGUUGAGCCAGCUGGAGAGUCUGUUUCCUCUGUGGCUUGAGAAUAUAGAAAGCUAUAAAAGGCUGGCUUUGAUCUGUAUGGGUUCUCUCCCCCCACCAUCCCUGGACUGUUGAAAAACUAUAGAAUGCAGCAUAUUGAGCAGAGCUAAUGUCAUGUUGUAGUUGCCUGAGAUUUAGGUUCCCAGACCUGGGAUGUGGCGCUUGUUCAGUGUGUAUAUUUCUGAGGCCAUAGAGGAGUUUGGUGGUUAGGACCAAAUUAGAUGUGAUGUUUGGUGUUGCACAGGUGAUUUAAUUGCAAACCCACCCCCCCCAAAUGGUGGCCAGUUUGUGUGUGUAUGUAGGGGCAUAGAGAGAAGAGAUGGGCUCUAGCCUUUUGCUUCUGCCAUAGUCCUGGUUGGAACUGGAGCCCCUGCCCCAGCCACACAUACUAUUCCCACAAUGGAAUUUCCAGUUGUGGCAGAGUGUAAAGCUUCCCUCCCAUUCAACUGCCUGUCUGCCUCAGCAGCCCUUCCUUUCAGGUCGGCAACAUGGUUUCACAUAUACAGUGCCAAACUUCAGGCCAAAUGUCUCACCUGGUUUGUCCCAUAGCGGACAACCAUUCACACUGCCCAUUUUUCCCAGAGAAGCUUGGUCUCUUUAAUAUUAGCCGACCAUAUGAUUACAAUGGGAAUAGCUGAGAGGUAGAAUUAUUUUGCUUAAGUGCCACGCCUCCCCCACCCCCCUGCACACCUAUUUUCUGAAAGUGUGUGUGAGAUAUGCCUUAGUGAACUUCCUUGGCCCAGGCUGUUAGCUGGACCUGAUACAGAAACAACCCAUAGCUUGCCCUGUGAUCCUUCACUCCCUUUGGAGCAUCAGUCUUUGCCUUAGAAAUUUAGGUGUCGCUUGUGGUGGCAGAGCUUGUAAGUCACUUGGACAAAUUCCUGACCUCUCUGUUUUGAACUCUAGCCACUAGUAGCAUUGAACAUGUAUAGCCAACCAUUGGAGACCCCCCAUAGAGGACCAACCAAACACUUCUAAUAAUAAAUCAGACUGUUGGUCUGCCUUUCCCAGUUGUAACCAUCCUGAAAGGGUCUUGGAGAGACAGUUUUCCUAGUAUUUCUGUUAAGGAUAUUCUACUGAUGAUAUUAGGGAUUGAAACUGAGAUCCUCCCCAUGCAAAAUCAUGUAUUUUACUGGCACGUCACCAGACACAUCAGUGAUGGAGCCUAAAGGAUGGGCAUUAGAUGUAGGCUGAAUAUAUUACAGCGGUACCUCGGUUUAAGAACAGUCCGGUUUAUGAACGAUUCUGUUUACAAACUCCGCAAAACCGGAAAUAGUGUCCUGGUUUGAGAACGUUACCUCAGUCUAAGAAUGGAAUCUGAACGAUGGAAGGGCACUGGCGUCGGGAGGCCUCAUUAGGUUAAGCAUGCCUCGGUUUAAGAACUGUUUUAGUUUAAGAAUGGACUUCUGGAACGGAUUCAGUUCAUAAACCGAGGCACCAUUGUACUCUGCUUAUAUUUCAUUUGAACUGGUGGUGCUUUACUGUACCGGCUUGUAUUAAGUAGUGGCUUUAUUGUCUCUCAAGCACUGUCAUCAUUUAAAAAAUGAGGCCUGUCAACCAUUUUGUAGACCAUUACUAAGUCAUAAAAGAGGGCAUGGUACUGUAUUGUUCAUUCCCUUGAUAAACAAUUAUUUUCAUUUUGAGGUUUUUGUUCUGAAAGCCACUGUUUUCUAGCUGCAUUUUAACAGCAAGCCUUGUAUCUGACAGCAGUUUGUGAUUGUAUAAACCAUAUUAUAAUAAACUAUAUUUUAUUACAACAGCACUGUGGAUAAUGCCAUUAUCUCCACCCCCAUUCUGUCUUAACUAGCUUUGAACCUCCCAGAUGUGUUUGGCUUGGUGGUUCUUCCACUGGAACUGAAACUAAGGAUUCUCCGACUCCUGGAUUUCCGCUCACUUUUAUCUUUGUCUGCUGUUUGCCAUGACCUCUAUGCUGCUUCAAAUGAUCAACUGCUGUGGAGAUUUGUGUACCUGCGGGAUUUUAGAGGUGAAUUCCUACUCACUUCCUCUUAUGAUGCUUUGAGGUGAAAUGGCAGGCUUGAUCCCAAACCUAGUUGUAUUAAGUGGAGAGCACCUGGCAAAUGUAUCUAUAACUAUUCAAGGAAUAGUUAACUGGAUAAAAGGGUGCACCCACCAGAGAGACUUGUGGUAUUGUAUCUGCAGGAAGGUUUUUAAUUUUUUAAAAAAAAGUAAUAUAAAACACAGUACCAACUUCCUGAAUUAACUGGAGUAUGUUUUCUGCGGUACAGAAAUGUCUUAUGGGAUUGCUGUAUUAGAAACUGAUUUCUAAUUUGUGAUUUCUGCUUAGAUUCUGUUACCAGGCCCCGAGAUACAGACUGGAAGGAAGUGAGUGACUCUCUUGAUUUAAAAAAAAUUCUAAUACAGUGGUGUCUCUGGUUAUGAACUUAAUUAGUUCCAGAGGUCUGUUCUUAACUUGAAACCAUCCUUAACCUGAGGUACCACUUUAGCUGUCCCUGCGCCACCAGCAUGCGAUUUCUGUUCUCAUCCUGAGGUAAAGUUCCUAACCUGAGGUACUACUUACGGGUUAGCAGAGUCUGUAACCCGAAGUGUGUGUAAGCCGAGGUACCACUGUACAUGUUUUUAAGAAUAGGCAUAGGCUUGGCUUCUAAGCUAAAUAAAAGUGCAAUUAGUACAGGAUACAAACUUGUACUUGAAUACUCAGUUGAUGCCAACCUGUAUAAUUCUGUGGAAUCUGAGUCCUACAAUCUCUGGUCUCCUUUUUUGGGGGUGGGGGAAUUUUAUUUAAAGAAAAGAAAGGGAGGCCAGCCUAGUUGGACAUCUUCCUCUAAACUAGGAAGUUGUUCAGAACACCCUUUGAUUUGGGGGCAGUUGUGUUGGGGAGUGUGAUACUUUGAAUAAUGUUUGGACUUAAAUGCAUAUUGUAUUUAUCAUUAUAGGUAGGGUUAAGCCUUUUUCAUUUGUUUUUUCCACAGCUCUACAAGAAAAAAUGGAAGCAGAAGAAGGAAGCCCUGAUGUGGCGACACAUGAUGUUUCUACCCCCUCUCCUUCCUGUGCCACUUCAUCCUAACUCGAUAUAUCCCAAUCCUUUCCUUCCCAAUCCUCUUUAUCCCCCAAUGAUCAUUGGUGGUGAACAUGAUGAAAGGCCAUCAGCUCCAUAUCUUGCAGACCCGAUCCACUCCCUCUUUUCUGGAGCUAGGGAGCUUCCUCAGCUUUCUCCCUUAGAUCCAUUCCUUACUUUCAGGCAACACAUUGAUUCACUUCCAGAUCCUUGCCCCACACUCCGAGGAAGAGGCAGUCGGGUCCGUCCGAUUGAUAACCGCCGUGCAUUCAUAUGACUGCAGCUUGGUUUUUAGGGCUUUAAACAUACCUGCUCAUGGGUUUGCGUUCACACCGUAGGAUAUUUCAGCUACAGGGUUCAGGUGUCUGGUUGUUGUUGUUUUUAAUUAUGGCAGUGCAUAUAUACUAUGAGAUCUUGAUUCUGGGGGUUUGGGCUCAACACCAUGCAAAUGACCAGUGCUGCCUCCCUUGGAACUGGAGAAACUUUUCUGAAAGAACUUUGUGGAAAACUAUAAUUCUUUUUGUUACCAUCUGCAAACUGCUUCUUAGAAAGCAAAAGGUGGUUGGCUUUAGCUACAUCAGAUAAAGAGCACUUUAAACACAAAGCAUUAUGUUGGUCUGGACUGUCUUUUUCUUUAAAUAGGUCUAUUAAAUGAAUGUGGUUGCGAUUUUCCCUGAAUAGCUGGCCUGAUUAGAUUUAUUUUCCAUGAGAGAACUUCCUGUUCUAUGUAACAUCUGACAUAUGGAAAGCCCAUGGCCCCCAAAAUGUAUCUGAUUUGAUUCGCUUUCAGAUACCACCUGUUGCGAUGUCUUUUUCUCUUUUUUAUUACUUGAAAAGCAAACUUGGUGUUCAGGACUUCAAUGCACAAACAAUACAAGGUAAAAAUGUUUUUUUGUUUACACUUGAAAGAAUAAAACAUUGAACAGUUUCAACUACAGACAGUUGAAUAACAUCAUGCUACAAUGCAACCCAGAAACUAACCAUGAGUAAGAAAGAAUGCCAAAAACUGACAAUAAGACAUUGCCUUUGUGCCUUGAAUGAUUCUUCUACCAGGAAAGAACAUUUAAGGGCAUUAUAAAAUAAGAUGACAGAACUGACUCUGUACAAUCAAAUAUGGUGAGCAUUGUGUGGCUUGUACUAGAGGUGAAUGAGCCCAAGACUUAUUUUCACCAAUUGUAAGCAAGGGAUAUUUGCAAAAAUACUUAGUUGUGGCUUGUUCCAUAUGUUUGCAUACACAACUGACAGGAAGUAAAAGAUGUAACUAUCCAUAGAGCCAGUCAACCUGAUUUGUGUUCAAAGAAUCCAAGAGUAAAGAGGGGGUAUGGCUGGAGAAAAGGAUUGGCUGGUAAGGGGGAAUUAAUUACAGGUGAUUGGUUUUUCUUAAUCUAAUGUUUUCAGCUGAUUCAGAUGCACUGAUUAAUAAGCCAGUUUACUGUAAAGUCCCAAGUUUCUUUUGUUUGAUUGGGUUUAAAUAAGGCUUCACAUAAUGCUGUGUGAGAGAAAGAAAGCAUAAUUUUUUUUUACUGAUUGCAGCUUUAGAUACACAUCCCUGAAUGGUAUGAUUUCUGGGUGUGUAUAGAAUGUGUACUCUGUUAAGAAAGAGGUUUCUAGUUUAGUUGUAUUGCUUUUCACUUCACUAAGCUUGCUCAAGCAAUCGCCCAAUUAAGGUUUAGGGAUGUCACAGUAUUUCCAAGCAUGCUGUGUUAAAGGUUAGAAGUGGCUCUUGAUACUUGUACAGCUUUGGUGAGGCAGAGUGCUACUGGGUUGUUAAACUUGUGAGCACAAAUUUAAACUUAAUUUUAGCUUAUAAUGGGGUAAAGUGCCAUAAGCAACUUAAAAUGUUUUCAGUUGAGAACAUGCCCAAACCAGUGCUUAAAUAUAGCAGUAUAGUUCUGAUGUGCUACCAAACAACAAGUGCCUUCUAGUUACACUUCUAAGUCUCUUCUGGUACUGUAUAGUGGCAGGUUUCCACCAGGCCCACCUGCAGCUCCAUACACUGGGUAUAGAUAAAAUAGGAGGGCUUUCUCCUAAGCAAUACUAUUGCACUGGUGUAGUUUGCCCCCCUUUUUUUUUUGAUAAGGUGGCCUAUUGGUGGGAGGCGUAAUUUAUCAUUUCUAUAGCAGCCCUUUCUGCACUGAAUAAUAUGUGAAUUAUUGUAUUGUUUUGAGGUAGGUUAAAAUGCAGUAAUUUGCUUGCAAUGGAUCUUAACACUCCCAUGUAGCGGUGCAGGAAAAGCCCCGCGCUAGCUAUCUCCAGAGGACAAGACUGUUCUGAUUUUGGCUUCUGUAUUCAUAAAAUUUUCAAGGUCAAAAGGUCCAAGCAGCUCAGUCAAGGGAUAGAAUAGUCCAGAGUUAUAUUGCUGUCCUUCAUGACAUUGCAAAGUUGGAGUUAAACAUGGCUUUGUUGGAAAGACGUUUUGAAGAAAAUAAAAGCCUUUGAGAUCAGGCCAUUAUGAACAUUGAGCCCAGCAUAACAUGGGUUAGUGCUGUGCCUGAUGAGACAACACAAAACCUUCCUUUAUAAACAGCAAGUUUCUGGAUCGUAGCCAUUCGUAUUUCCAAAUGCUGAAUUAUUCUUCAAAGUCUCAAUGCAAUCCAGAUUGCUGCUAAAAUUAAAAUGCUUGUGAUGUCUGUUGCUUUGUUUAGUGUUUCCCCAAUGUAAUGUGAUGCACCAUAUGGCAGACUUUGCAGAGUGCAUGAGAAGUAGCACCAGGACUGAGAUCUGUGGGCUUGGCUCUUAGUAAUGGUUUGCAGGAGAAUUGCAUAUUCAGCUUGUUUUAAAACUGAGUGAGCCACACAUUAGGAUUAGUAAGCUGGGUGCAUGGUGUGACUUCAUGCAACUUCAAUCUAAUUUAGAGUGCUGAAAUGGGAAGUGAUCUACUUCAUGAUAGCCACAUCAUAGAACUCAGUUGUUGUAGUUACAGGAAUGACUAUUCCAGGUGUGGUUCAAAGAUUUCCAAUUGCUCCCUAUCUUAAAACACAUUAUGACUGUUUUACAUUGCAGUGAACUGGAAAUGGACUUUAAAUUACAGCUGUAAGCAAGCAAAGACUUGCAUAUUUUUCCCCACCUGUGGAUGGUCCACUAACAUGAAAUUGCAUUUAGGGAUUUUAACUCAUUCCCUGGGAUCCAUCCAAAGAAGCUGUCUGUUCUAGCUCCAAUUUGAGAAGCUUGCAAUGCUAAUAUGCUAUGUCCCCGUAUGUGUUGGAUCUCCCAUCCAAAGGUUUGACAGCCAUUAAAUUACAGAUGGCUGUCAAACACUUUAGCAGGGCCCUGAAAAUUGCUCUGCCUCUUUUUAUUAAUGUGUUUGGGACAUGGUUAACACUUCUGUAAAGUUUGUUUUUUUAAAAAUCUGCCAGCCAAGAAGAGUUCACUUCCGUGUCAAAAUAAGCUUGCUUUGCAAUAAUAUAUAAAAAUGAUACACUGAAAAGUUUUCGCUUUUGGGCAUGGAGUGAUGGUUCUGGUUCCAUUGGGGUUUAUGUAGGAAAGCCUGUUGCAUAGCAGAGGUUCUUUAAAAAAUAAAUAGUGCUGUGAUCCUUCAAACUGAUUAAACUAAAACACUGAUGCUUAAGGUGCUGUGAAAAGGACACCCAGAAAGACAGCUUCAAGGGAUUCUGUUUGCAGAAUCUGAACUUGUGUGCACACACAGCGCCAUUCGUAAGGUGAAUGAACAGCAGUUCACCCCCACCUGCCACAGGCUCUCAUCCAUCCAUAUGUCUGCUGGGAAACCUGUGGCCGAAGGUCCAUGUUCAGACCUUGGCCUAAAUGUGGAGGCUAAGGGGUAGGAGUAGGGGGAGGAAUCAGCAAAAAGGGUGGCAAAGAAAAGGACAGCAGUGCCAUUAUUAAUACUGCCUCCAAUAGAAUGUGGCUCUUGAUGAAAAAAAUGUUCCUCACCCCUGGCUUAAAUAGCAGUUUUAGAAGUUUGAAGAACUUCACAUGUACUGCAAGAUAUGUAGACUUCACUCCUCAAACCUGAGGUAGGGAGUAAAGAAUGUGCAUAGCAGGCCUUUGUUCUGAUGUUAUAGGGAAUGGAUGCAGGCGGGAGGGGGGCCUGGAGCAUGGGUGGGUGCACAAGAUCCCCCCCCUUUUUUUGCUGUGCAUGUGAAUAGGUUUUACAAGAAACUACUCUAGAUGCUCCUGGGCAAGUUCAAGGUAAACACAGAAAAAAAUGAAUCCGCAAAAGUAACUCUCCCCCCCCGCCCCCACCCACAAUUGCUCUCACUUGAUGUGCAGAGAUUAAUCGGAAAAGAGGCUAGCAAAGGACUUCCUCAGGUUGCGGAUGGUUUCAGCUUUUGCCUCGUCUUCAUUGGCUAUUCCCCGCUGUGAGGAUUCUGAGAGGCUGAAAGUGUUUGUCAGGGACUGUGACUUGCUGAAAGAGAAUUGGGGGGGGGGGGUUAAAGAGAAGAAUGAAGAUACGGCCAAUUCUCUCACAAGGGCAAACAGGAGAGGGCUGAAAGCUAGACAUUUAGGCAGCUAUGGAGGCUUCAGGGCCCAGCAGGCUUCACUUUCAACCCUUGCCCUUCUGCUGCUGAAAAUAACAGCAGAAGCUACCAUUGCCUGCUACUCCUGAGUGUUACACUAAAGCAUCCAAUCUUGUAAUAGACAUGGGCAGUGUGUGCAAAGGGCAGGAACUUCAUCUGUCAAAUUUUGCUCUCAGUUUCUUAUUUCCCCAAUCUUUAAAUACAGUUCUACACAUUUCUGCAGCAAGAUGAGAUUAUUAUUAAAAUCCUCAAGAGAACAAGCACAUUUGUAUGCAGUUUGCAUUUUUGCAAGCAAUGUUCCCUAAUAGGCAUGAUUGUAGGCUAUUUUCACAAAUGCAUGCAUUUUUAGGAACACUUUGCCCUAGAACAGCGGUUUUCAACCAGGGAGCCGUGGAACGAUUGUCAGGGCGGCCAUGGGCAGCACCAGCCUCCAUUCUUCUCUCCUGCGUGCCCAGAGAGCAGCUCAGAAGUGUGAGUGAGCUAACAGGCAGACAGGCAGUGUGAGUGGUGUCGUUUCCCUGGGCAAAAUCCUGCCUGUUCGUCGAUGGCGAGUGGGUUGACUUCCUCUCCUUUCCUUUCCCCCUCCACCCUCCCUCCUCCCAGCAGGCAGUAGGAGCAGCUGCAAAAGCCAUGAGCCCUUCCCACUAUCCCCCACGACUCCCCCCUGAAGCCCAAGCAACCUGCCCCAGGUUAGUUGGGUAACAAUGGCCACACUUCCCACCCUGCAACUCUGCUCCUGUUUUGCCCAGGCUGCUUGCUCUGCAAUUUAGAAAAGUGCAAAUUUUGAGGUCUCUCUGUGUUUUGGAAAGUUUCAGUUAGGGAAGUUUGCCUUUAAAUGUGAACUAUCCCUACAGAGUGGUCAUAAAGAUUGGGUUCCUCUUCCUUAGCGCUGUACUAUUAGGUACACCACUGAGCUUUUCGUAUCCCUUGCAACAAUCCUUGUGCGUCUUGGUCUGCCUGUGCACAAAAAUGCGUCCGCUCCUGCCACAGGUGGGCAGAUGUACAUUGACUAAGAAGCUGCCGCUGCCACCUGCUGUCUCCCUCUUUCUGCAGUGUACAAACACUGUACGUGGAAGUGGAGGAAGGGCUCCUAAAAGCAGCUGUGUGAUUUAUCCAAAGUACAGAAUCAUAUUUCUGUCAUAUGGAGCAGCCACAGCCUUGUGAAUAUGUUUGGUAAAUUUGGAAAGGGGAAGAUGAGAGUUCUUUGCUGGCUAAGCUUCCUCUUAAUGGACCUUUUGCAGUUUGUGUUGGGGGCUUUUUAGCGUUACAGUGCCAGAAUCUUGUUAGCAAGCUGGGUGAAGGAACUGGCACAACAAUGGUGGAGGCAGUAGUGGGUUUCAACUCCUCACAAAUGUCCCCUUUAUGGAACUGAUAGUUGGGUUUGAGGAUUAAACUAUUGCCACUUGAGAGAGAGGGUUGUUGCCUUCACUACUCAGUUGCACGAGUCCCUCAGGGCUUUCUGACCCCUUCUCUACACCUUGUUUGGACUCGCUCUCAUACUGAUCUGAGCGCACCACUCCGAUAGUCAUGUUAAGUAUAUUCACUGUAAAAGGCACCUACUUUAGAUGAGGAUGAGGAGGAGCCUGCUGCCUGGCUGGUUCGCCAGAGCCUUGCUGGCUGGGAGCCCGUCCUUGGGCUGGAGGUCUAGGCUGCUGUGGGGGGAAGGUGCCUGGUUUGGAAGGCUGGCUUGGUGAGCUUCCGGCGGAUGAUCUAGUUAGCUGGGGAGAUCCAGGAGACCUCUGUUGCUGUGGUGAGGUGGACAGGGGGCUCAGAGGUUGCUGACCUUGGGGAGAGAGCCUUUGCUGGGGUGGAGUUCCCGUCCGGGCUGGCUGUGAUCCCUGAGGCUGGCGUGGACCUCCUAAAGCAAAGAGGGACACUUAAAUAAAACAUCAAGUGCUAUAUGUUGGAAGCAAGAACAAUCUCCCUUAAGGUAAUAAGACUCCUUGCUGUUAGCAUUACAGUCCUUCCUUCGGUACAGUUCCCCAUUUGUCUGCAAAGGGCUCCCUGCUUUGCAUCAAAUUUCCUUUUCAAAAUCUGAAUAUAGAAUUCACAUUCCUCGCAGACAGUACAAAAGACCAGACCAGACCAAACCCAGAUCAUGCGGAAACCAAUCUCCAGAUGCUGCAGUGUUCAAUAUCCACACUCCCCAUCCCCUCCUUGCCUCCUUCAGGAAUGUCAUGCAAAAUUAUAUUGGCCUGUUAUCUUUUUUCUGCAACUUAACAAUACAGAGCUCGCCUUAAAAAACUAUUUAUCAUCCUUCUCUUUUCUAAUCAUUCCCACUAAUAAAAUAUCUGUACCCUCCAUUUUAGGUAUCCGAUCCUCGGCUCUUAAAAUCCAUCACUUUGGAUUGUUUGUUUUUAAUCAUCAGUGUUGUUUAAGUCCUUUUUUCUGAAACAAAAUACCAUUUAUGACAUCAAAAGCUAUUUUUGGUAUUUGUUACUCUUUCUGCGAGUCUCUGAUAUUGAAUCCAACUGAUUCCAGAAUAUGUUGUCUAGGAAUAAAGAUCUUUUAAAAAUCCUCUCCCCUCCCCUCCCCCCACCAAAUAAAAUUUGGUGCUUGG